GAAAUACAAUCUAGGUUACUAAAGAAUUAGCAAAUUUUGUCGCGAACGAUGCGGGAGGUUCGAUUUUUCAAGGUGGUUACACAAGUAUGUAUACUGUUCUCCGAAAUGUUGCUUUGCUGUCUUCAAAACAUAUUGGACUUCAACCUCUUUGUUCGCAAACACAUACUUUGAUAAAACGGCACCGUUUGUAUGUAGUUUUGCCCGGGAAAAUUGUGCCUUUACCACUUGUUUCCACAGUAGUUUCUAGAAACGCAAGUCAUGAGAGAAAAAUGCCUAAAAGAGUCUCGGACUUCAUGUCACGUGUAUUCUUCGAUAAUAUGCACUUCUAUAUUAUGUUGGGUCUUGUUCCUUCAUUGCUUCUAAUUUUUUUUGUCAACUUAUUUAUUGGACCAGCCGAGUUGACGGACAUACCAGAGGACUAUGAGCCACGUCACUGGGAAUAUCAUAAACACCCUAUUACGCGCUUCAUUGCGAAGUACAUGUGCGAACAUCCUCAGAAGCUGUAUGAAUCUUCUUUAGCGGAAUUGGAUGAGGUUCGAUAUACUAAGGAGCUAGUUGAUGAAGAAAGAUGGUUUCGUAAGUCUCAACUUGAAAAAGGUGACUUUCGUGCUUGGUAUUUCGUCCCAGUUAAUCCAACUGGUAUUAAUCGCUCAUUUGAAAGACUCAUGAAAGAUCAAGAGGCUGGCCAACUAGUUAGUCGUUGAUUAUAAAACUCACUUCAGACUAAUACUUUGUAUUAUCUUUCAUCUAAAUGGAGUUUGUUUUAAUCCUAGAUUAAAUGUUAUGAAAAACUUCUGUUAUUCAUUCAUUAAUAAAAAAUUUAAUGUAUUUACAUGUUUUUGACAAUUAGUUCCUAAUAUCAAGUUCAAACUGGAUAACUAAUCUUUGAUUAAAACGGUUUUUAUUGUCACCGAGAAUUCGGAGAAUCAUUUUGAGUUAUAAUAGUCCAACUAAUCGUCAAAGUUUUGUCUUUCAGAUAUAUAUUAAAGCAGGAUAAUCUCAUCUUUAUAAAGACUUUUCAGUUGGUAAUCAUUUUAACACUAAAAAAGAUGGUAAAUGCAGUUCAACCAUCUUGGAGCCUGACACAGACUGGUUGUGGUUCUGGAAGAAAUAUGUAUUUAAAAAGUAAAAAGUGUGUAUAUGCUACUGUGUUGUAGUGACUACACGAUUUAGAGUAAAUACUAAUACGAGCACGUCGAUUAUAUUAACUAUUAAUAAGAUGUUUCUUUUUUAUUGCGUAAUGCAUUAUUUCGAAUUGAAUUUAAGUACAUGCUUUCAGUUUAUAAAUAUUUACCACCAUUUGGUAAUCAGUUCGCAAGCAACUAAUAUUACAUUUGUAGUAAAAACCAUCUCAAUGUUUACUAGAAUCUCUCGUAUAAACCACAGCUUUAUGAUCUGUUAAAUAUAUAUGGCUUCUUCGUCAACUAAGGGGUAGCAGAUCUAUGUGUUAUAAGUUGUUUCACUCCUGAAGACAACAGCCAUCGUGAUAUUUUUAAUUGUUUCUUGGUCUGAUGGUCCUAAUUUAGGAGUCUGAGGAUUAAAGAGAGCCAGAACAAAGAUUGGUGCAGAAUAAUAUGAAUUCAUUUUAUUUCGUUAGUUUCUCAUCAACUGCGUACAACUUAAAAUAUUUAAAAAUCAAUGUUAUUGCAGAUAUUGACCUUCUUAUACAUACGAGGGCGAUUCAAGAUGAAUAUAUGCAUUAUGGUGUAGCGAAGAUUUCAAUAGAGUUAAUAAGGUCAUGAAAAUUCUUUGUUUCGGAUAGAAAAAGUUUGAGACGGAAAGUUCCAGAACAUUGAAAUAGUGAUUAGAACUCAUGGAGUUAACAAACAUUAGGUGAUUGUGUAAUGAAGCAACUGAAAGCAGAUUAAUGGUAAUAAAGAAAGAACAUGAAUUAAAGAAAAAUGACAAUGAUGUAGUUUAAGAUUUUGAAAGAGUUGAAAUGAUGAAUGACGUAAUAAAUAAAAAGGGUUUAAUGUUACCAGACAAAGAAAGAUUUAUUAGUCUCUUUUUGGAUACACAGAUCUGGUUUUAGACAUUUGAUUGCUAUCGCUUCAGCAAAUUUCAAAAGAUUGGAGUUUGAUUGUUUGUUAGUCACCUUGAAAGACUUUAGUGCAUCGACGUGAUCUCCUGUGUCAAGGAGAUGUCUUUCGAUGGCACUGCUGAAUGCUUCUAAUCCAUUUGAUCUUAAACUUUCCGGAAUAUGUUCUUUGAAUCAGACGUAGGCUCUCCUUUCUGUCCUACCAAUGUAACUGUUGUGGCAGAUGCAUGUAAAUUUGUAUACACAGUUGGUGGUUACAUGAAAGGGACACCUAUCGACCUUUGAUUGUGUUAUUCGAAUUGUUGGGUGGCUACUGAGUGAACAGUUGAAUAUAAUAGUGGACUAUAUUUUAUAUUAAAUUACACUAACCCCAGUUUUUUUCAAAAUUGUAUUGUAACUUGGCUACCAUGCACAAAAACUUUACGGCCUAAGAACUGUACUUUUAUUUAUUUAUUUAUUAGGAUUUUGUAUCUCGGUAAAUUUCAUCAAUUAGAAAUGCUGAAUCAAGAGAGGUGGCGAAACUCUAAUUUAGGGACGAGCCAAUCAGAAGCGUUUGAGCAAUUUCAAUUAUUAGCCAAUCAGAAGACAGUAUAAAGUGAAAAUAUAUUAUAAGAAAGUAAUGAAUUACAGUGGAUAUUCUUCUUUUACAUGAUUUAAAAACUUGGUAAGGUUUGAUAAAGAUUCAGAAGUUCUGAAUUCAUAAUGCAUAUGGUAUAGAAACUCGUCCAUAGGGUUAGGGUUGUAACCUCUCAAUAAACACCUCUUCUCUAAAAUCCGUUGUAAACCGAUCGUAUGUUAGCAUCACGUGUUGAACUUGGCUCCGUGAACUUGAAAUCGCUCAAACGCUUCUGAUUCGCUCGUCCCUAAAUUAGAAUCUCGCCACCCUAACCCUAUGGACGAGUUUCUAUACCAUAUGCAUUAUGAAUUUAGAACCUCUGAAUCUUUAUCAAACCUUAACAAGUUUUUAAAUCAUGUAAAAGAAGAAUAUCCACUGUAAUUCAUUACUUAAAAUAUAUUUUCACUUUAUACUAACUGUCUUCUGAUUGGCUAAUAAUUGUCAAGGUCAUUUAAGAUUCGUUCAAAGGUCGUCCCUAAAUUAGAGUCUCGCCAAAAAAGCUAUUCCAUUCAUAAGACAAACAUGAAUAUGUUUUCGAAUAUUUAAGUAAUUAUCUCGAACAUCUGAGAAAAACCACUCAUAUUUACAUCCUUCUUAUGUUCGCUUUGAUAUAUGGAAUGACUCACUGAAUCUUUAGUAGUUUUUAUGCUCAUGAA